AUGCUUGAGGUGCAAGUUGCUCAAAUAGCAGAAGGUAUGAAGAGGCAAGAGGGUUUUCUUCCAAGUAAGACUGAGUUAAAUCCAAGAGUUUGCAAAGUUAUCACAACUCAGAACAAGGACGUGGUCUCACCAGCCCCUAGAGAUCAUUCAACCCUCAAAAACCCAUUGGAAUGGCCUGAAGAUGAUGAGCCAAUCUACAAGGGACCUCAUCAAAGAAAGCUGCAUAAGAUGGAAGAUCCAGGGCAAUUUGUUUUCCCAUGCACAAUCAAUGGUAUGGAUUUUAUUGAUUCCCUCUGCGAUACAGGAGCUAAUGUGAAUGUUAUGUCUAAGCUUAUAGCAGAUGAGCUUGGAAUAGUUGACAUUAAAGACUCUCAAACAUCACUGAAGUUUGGAAACGCCUCUACUAUUACCCCAUAUGGCUUUGCUCAAGAUAUAUUGGUACAAGUGGGAGGUUGUCUUGUUCCUACAGAUUUUCAUAUUCUAGAGAUGAAUGAGGAACCCCUAACGCCAUUGGUUUUUGGUAGUUCCUUCCUUGCAACAGUUGGAGCUAAUGUGGACUAUCCAAACCAAAGAGUUUCUUUCUCUAGAGUAAAGAAGAGAGUCUUUUAUCCAGCAGUCCCUACCAAGAGCUCUUAUUGUAUAACCAUUAGGAAUGGCAGCAGAUUGAGUUUAGACCAUGGAGAAGAGAAGGAGAAGCCUCAAAACGUUUCCAAGCAAGCUCUUUACAUAAGAUCUUAUGAAGUUACCAAAUCAGUGAACUCUGAUCAUGAAAGUUGCUUAAGAGACAAGGUUUCGACUGUGAUGCCUAAAGAGUGUGAUGCAGAUAGUUCUAAGGAAGUUUUCCACCUUGAGAGACGUCCUAGAGCACCUCCAAAACCAGCACCAUCCGACACUCCUUGGUUUAGAUACAUUGCCAACUAUCUUGCUGCUGAUCAUCCACCACCCCAAUUCUUUGGCUACAAGAAGAAGAAAUUCUUACGUGAUGUUAGAAGGUACUUUUGGGACGAACCUUAUCUUUAUAAACAUUGUUCUGAUGGUAUGUUUAGAAGAUGUAUUCCAGAAGAAGAAGUCCCAGGAGUUCUCUUUGCUUGUCAUGGAUCUGACUAUGCAGGACAUUUUGCUACUAACAAGACUGUUGCUAAGAUCUUGCAAGCUGGUUUUUGGUGGCCCACCAUGUUUAAGGACGCCCAUGACUUCAUCUCUAAGUGUGAUGCUUGCCAGAGACAAGGAAACAUCAGCAAAAGGAAUGAGAUGCCACAAAACUUCAUCCAAGAAGUGGAAGUUUUUGAUGUUUGGGGAAUAGACUUCAUGGGUCCUUUUCCUUCUUCUUAUGGGAACAAGUACAUCCUUGUUGCUGUUGACUAUGUGUCUAAGUGGGUAGAAGCCAUAGCCAGCCCUACAAACGACUCCAAGAACUGCAUUCAAAACCCACUUGGAACAACUCCUUUUCACCUUGUCUAUGGAAAAUCUUGCCAUCUUCCUGUUGAGAUUGAGUAUAAGGCGGAAUGGGCAGUAAAGAAGCUGAACUACGACAUCAAGACAGCAAAGGAGAAGCGCUUGAUUCAGUUGAAUGAGUUGGAUGAAAUUCGUCAUAAUGCCUAUGAGAAUUCUAGGAUCUACAAGGAAAGAACAAAAGCAUAUCAUGACAAGAAGAUAGUCCCCAAGACGUUCUCUCCCAAUGACCAGGUUCUCCUUUUCAACUCACGCCUGAAACUCUUUCCCGGUAAGCUUAGAUCGCGAUGGUCCGGACCUUUUAAGAUAAAAGAAGUGAAACCAUAUGGCGCUGUUGUACUAUGGAACCAUUCUGGAGGUGAUUUCACUGUUAAUGGACAAAGACUCAAGCCAUAUCUCGCAGACAUUGAUGAGGAUGAGAGAGAAACAUUUCCUUUAGUCGAUGCCCCACUCGCCUAA